GAUUGGUGCAGUGGCGAGUCACAUGGGUGGGGAGUCACGCGCUUUCCGGGAACCCGUCAGGAAGGAAAUAAACAAAACAAAGCAGAAAGCAUGGAGACUGUCCGGGGGGGUGAUCGGUGGCGGCGGAGCGGCUGACCCCACACAUAGAGCGCCUUCUACCAACUACCAGUGACAGGCUCUGAAUGGUGUGCCUGUGAUUCCCUGAUCUUCUACUCGGAAAACCGUUACUCUUCUUUGUAUGUAUAAUUUUCUUGCUGCUGACCAGAAGGAAAAGUCAGAAAGAAGGCCCCUGGGUAAUACACCAUUGGGAGUGAUUUUGGAAGAGCUGGGCUUUGAGAUGCCUCAGCCAAAUGUCAGCGGAAUGGAGCCUCCAUUUGGAGAAGCUUUUCGCAGCCCAGCCUUUGCUGAGCAAACAUUAAUGAGCACAGAUCUCCUAGCAAGUAGCUCAGAUCCAGACUUCAUGUAUGAAAUGGACAGAGAACUGGGAUACCAACAAAGCCCAGCAGAGAAUUUUCUGUUGUUGGAGGAGUGCAAAGACUUUGAAAUUUUUGACUCAUUUACUGGUAUCCUUGGAAACAGUCCACCCUUAACAUCUCACUGGGAGCAGUGGGACACAUAUUGUGAGGAUCUGACCAAGUACACAAAGCUAACUAGUUGUGAUAUAUGGGGAACAAAAGAAGUGGAUUAUCUUGGUCUUGAUGACUUUUCAAGUCCCUAUCAGGAUGAAGAAGUUAUCAGUAAAACCCCCACUCUUGCUCAGCUAAACAGUGAGGACUCUCAGUCAGUUGCAGACUCUUUUAGCUACACGGAAGGUUUCUUUGGAGGUAAAGCCACGUUUUUUCCAGGAAAGAAGGUGGCAUCGGGAAGGGUGGCUGCUCCGGUUUGUUCAUCUAAGACUGCCUCUGUCAUCGAAGUGCCAUCCCCUGACUGCUCCCAAAAAGCUGCCAAGACAGCAGCAAGUACCCAAAUGGUAGCAAAGACUAAUAUUUCUUGUGAUGAGAAAAUGAAUAUCCAUGGAGAGUGCAAGGACUAUGUAAAAAAGGCUAAGGUUAAGAUCAGCUCAGCACUUCCAAGCCGACCAACAAGCACUGUGGUUGCCAUAGAUGCAGCCAAGGAAAAUACUUGUUUUUGUGGUGCUGUAGCCAAAAAGCAGGAAAGGACAAUUGAAGAGCCCUCCAUUGGCCGAAGAAGUUGUGCCAUUUUGCCUUUCAUAGAGACUCAAAAGCUUUUCUGUCCUCCGCAGAAUGUGGCCACAAUUGGGGUUGUGGAAGCUAGUGUUACUGUUUUAGCUUCUGUGUCUGAUCCCUCACAAAAGAAAGAGGAGCACAACUAUUCACUUUUCAUCUCAGAGGGGCUUACCGAAUCGGCCAUCAAGACAGAUAGCCAGCAGGACAAUGAGGACGAGGAUAUUGAUUUAGAUGAAGAAGAACAUGAUGAAGGAUUUGGUAGUGAACACGAACUUUCUGAGAAUGAAGAGGAGGAGGAGGAGGAAGAAGAGGAAGAGGAGGAGGAGGAGGAAGAAGAGGAGGAAGAGGAAGAAGAUGACGACAAUGAAGAUGACAAAGAUGAUAUCAGUGAUACCUUCUCAGAGCCAGGUUAUGAAAAUGAUUCUGUUGAAGAUUUGAAAGGAAUAACUGCCGUGUCAUCGAGGAAAAGAGGAAAGCGAAGGUAUUUCUGGGAAUAUAGCGAGCAAUUAAUGCCUUCUCAACAGGAAGGGAUGCUGAGACCGUCCGAAUGGGACAGAGACACGCUUCCCAGUAAUAUGUACCAGAAGAAUGGCCUGCAUCACGGCAAGUACACUGUGAAGAAAUCUCGCAGAACAGAUGUGGAAGACCUGACUCCAAAUCCAAGAAAACUUCUGCAGAUUGGUGGUGAACUGCGUAAACUGAAUAAAGUAAUCAGUGACCUAACACCCGUAUCGGAGCUUCCUGUCACUGCCAGGCCGCGAUCUCGUAAGGAGAAAAACAAGCUGGCUUCCAGAGCUUGCCGUCUAAAAAAGAAAGCCCAGUAUGAAGCCAAUAAAGUGAAGCUGUGGGGCCUGAAUACUGAAUAUGAUAAUUUGCUGUUUGUGAUCAAUUCAAUAAAACAAGAGAUAAUGACACGGAUACAAAUCCCAUGGGAGGAAUGGUCAUCAAGCAUGGAGCAGAAACUGGAUACUCUUAUCAAAGAGACUUUGGGAUCCUCAGUGGCUGGCCAGACCUCCGACUUUGUUAAUCAAGUUCUGGACAAAACCUCUGAGGGAGAUCCCACUGGUGGCCUAUUUGGGUUACGUAUACCCACUUCAAAGGUGUGAUGGCCUCCCUACACGAUGAGCGCUGAUGUCAUCCUUGUCUUCUCCACAGUCUGCACUGUAAAUUCCAUUUAGGUUUUGCAUGUAAAUUUCAUCAUCUGCUAGGAUUCUAUUUUAAACAAGAUUUUGUUGGGCUAGAAAAGCAAACAAACUUGUCUACAAGUGGCAAGUACCCUUUGCAUGGAGCUCUGUUUUAUCACAACUUCUGGUUGUUCGUAAUUCUUUGUUAUUAGCAUACAAGAGCAAACAACUCUAUCAUUGCCAUAGAUUUCUAAAUACUGAACUUAAACGUGCAAAAGAAAUAGUCAAAAUGUAUUGUAAGUUUAAUGUCUGUCUUAGUCAGACUUCUAUUGUUUUUUUUUCUUUUACGUUCCCAUAGUUUUGAGCUAAUGCCAAAAUUAUUCAGAAUAAGCUUCAAACACAAGUGAUAAGAACUCUUUUGGGAUGUUAGAAUUGUGGAUUCUGAUUUUAAUACAGAAUCCUUAUGCCAGGCUUAUAUGUCUAUGCCUGUGUGUGCCGCGCUCAUGUUACAGUAGCAAAGCCGCGGUCACCAAAAGUGGCUACAGUCACAAUAUGACUGACGCAGAGAAAACGGACAUUGCGAUCGCAAAUCGUUUGUCAGAAGUGGGACUACGAUUAUAAAAAAAUUAUCUUUGUGCCUUGUAAUUUGCGAAGUGAGAAGAUACUUCUACUGCUUAAAGUUGCUUUUUUGGUAUGCUUUAAACCGUUACAAAAUAUAUAUAUAACAAUUUUUUUUUUUUUGUUAGUGUAGUGGGCUUAAUUGCAUAGUUUGAUACAUAUUUAUUGGGUUGAGCUUACAUGUUUAAGAUAAAAAAUCCUUGUGACUUCCUUUUUUCUCCGAAUGUAUAUAGGAAUAUGUUGAAAAUGUAGAUAUGUGCCACAGAGUCUGUGAAUUGUAUAGACAUUGAAAAAAAAAACACACAAAAAGGUAAAAAAAAAACAAAAAAAACAUAAAAGGCAACAAAAGAGAGAAAAAAAAAACUUAAACGGUGGCUCUUGAACUAAAAGCCGCACUUUUUGAUUUGUGUUCUUUUUAUUUUCUCUUUGGUACUUUUAGAUUGAAAAGGACGAAAAAUUGCACAUUACUUUUGAUUGUUUUCCUUUUUUAUUUUUAUUUUGUACCAAAGACAAAACACGUUGAGGUGGCGAACUGCCAGUCAAAGUAAAGAUUUGCACAGCUUAAAAGAUACUGUAAUGAAUGUAAACAUUUAAAAAGAAACAUAUAUAUAUAUUUAAAAGUUUAGGUCAGCAUAAUUUUUUGAAUUAGUAGGGGUUCUAAUAAACUGUGAAUUUUUUUUUUUUUUUGUUUUGUUUUUGUAGUGGUCCAAUAUUCUGAGUCUGUAUGUAAACUCUGAGGGUUUAUUCACAGUCUGCUGUCUACAGUAACACAAGUGAUUCCCUUGUAGAUAAAUAUAGACUUUAUAUAUGUAGUUGUGUUUGUUUUUUGUAUUUAGCUUUAGAUUUUAUUUUUCAGAUUUUUGGAGGGUAGGUGGUGCUGCUACAUUUCAUUCAUAUAGAUAAACUUCCAGAAUCUGAUAUUUUCCCUAGCCAGAGACAUGUUGUAGGCCUAUAUGUUGUAAAAGAAAAUAUAUAUAAAUAUAUCUAUUUUUGCUAUUGUUAUAUGCACCCAAAUAUAUUGAACAUGAGAAGAAAAGGAGAGCUUUAGAAAUUCUAAUACUUUGCCAAUAUUUUUGUUAAUGUUGUUGAUCAUACAGAGCAUGACCUGAUAUGAAAGAAACAAACGCAAGAUGUUAAAAGAGAAAAAAAAAAAGGAAAAAAUAUAUAUUUUUGUACCUUUUUCUGCAAGAUAUGCUUAUUUGGUUUGUUAGGGACUUGGUUUUCAUUUUUGUCUUUUGGUGGAUUAGGCUUUAUCCUGCAUGUAGUUACUUUGUGGCUACAGAAAGUGUUGAGAUUAUUCUUUCUUACAUUAGAGAAGAUAGAGUCUAAAAACAGACCUAAACUUUAAAGUUACGUCCACUUUAAAAGAUUUCCAGCUUUAAGGAGGCUUGCUAGGGGGGUAAAGGAGACGGAAGAUACAUGGGAGAUGUAAAAGCAGAUUAUGUAGCCAUUUGGCUUUUGGUCACAGACCUGAAGCCAGCAUGUUGGUUGACAUGACUUGAAGCAGCUCUGUAUUGUGGGUUUCGGCCUCAGCAGAUUUUUUUUUUUUUUACUGAAGACUCUGCUGAGGUUUGUGCUACAGUGCAGGCCACUGUGGUUUCAGAACGAUAACCCCAAAUUGAAAUACCACAAGAGUGCAUCUAACAGGUAUGUGAUUGAAGACUUUACUCCCCUAAGCUGCCUCCCUAUUGCCUAAAUCUAUUGAAUUAGACCUAAUGUUAGAAUGUUGAACAAGUUAACCCAGCAAUUUCAUUUAGCCAUCGCUAUGGAUCAGCUCUAUAGCUGUCUGUAAUUAGUUUAGUUUAUAUGUAGAAAUUCCCACAAUCUGGAAAAAAGUGUUCAAUAUCGAACCAUUAAAGAGUUAUGCCAGCCACCUCUGAUGAAAAUCCAGUAUUUGGUUCAACUGUUUCAUCAUGUUGUACACAUAGCAAGUUUUCGUUCAUUUCUAUGGGCUCUCACAACUGCCGCUAAAGAUCCAGUAGCCCCCAUUGCCUGCACAUGCUGAUUCAUGCAGAACACAUUUGUUCUGACUGCUCUGUUUAUUCAGAAGGUGACCCUGGUGGGUGAAGGUGGCAUCCCUUAUUUUGCCCAAAUCGGAUUGUGAGUUAAGAGGCAGCAGAAAACAGAACAGCAUGGGACCUUGAGCAGCACUCCAUUUUUUGUCAGGACAUUGAGAAGUAAAUGAGUGCUUGCUAUGUAUAACGCAUGAUGCUUCGCCAAAUGCAAAAGUGUUCACUGAUGGCUGGAGUUUAUUCUGUAAUCUGGUUCGGUCUUAGAUUAUAUUUUCUUUGAUACAUAUAUUCUUGAAAUAUACAUAGAUUUAAAAUGUUAGUUUUGAUAUACAGAGUUUUUUUUUUUUUUU